GAUGUAGCCGAUCAACGUCCGCUAUCGAGUGAACGAGAUCGCGAUAUCACGGCGGGAGAUGCGACGGUGGACCAUUCGCGGAGAAUAAACGCGAGAUCGGGAAUCGUUCUCGGCCGACGUGCACCUGGUGUCAUCGGUAUGCCGACGGACAUCGUGGCGUCGUCGGCCUCGGCCUCGGCCUCGGCCACGGUCUCGGAGGAGACGAGCCGAGGUCGGGACCCGGGCCUUGGUCCUUCCUCGAGGUCGGCCGGCUCCACAGCGGGCUCGUCGUCGUCGGGUUCAGCGGCACAGUCGACCUCCAGAGGCUUCGACCCAUCUAGCGCCCUGGCCGCCUAUCACCAUCAUCGCCACAGCCUGGUGGCCGGUCUGGGUCAUCCUCAUCAUCGCGAGUCGUCCGCGUUCGUGCCCGUGGUGCCGUCGCGGUUGCACCUGGCGCCGUACCCCGGCGAAAUGCAUCCCCACCUGACCGGCCCGCCCCCGUCCUCGUCGUCGACGCCGAACUCGGAACACGAGGUCGGCUCGGAGACCUCGGUGGCCAGAAAGUCCUCCUCCAGUUACGAGAUCAUGGCCAUGAUGGCGGACAAGAGGAAAGAGCUGGCUGCGCGAGCCCUGCUACUUCCACCGCCGCCCCUCCUGGAGCCACCCCCUGGCUACCCGGUAUUCGCGGGACCGUUCCCCGCUGGCUCGGCGCUCUACCCGCCGGGCGGACCCCUGGCGCACCAGCACCUGGACAGAAGGCUGCUGAGAGCGCCAGGAAGAGCGUCCAGGCCCAAGAAGCAAUUCAUCUGCAAGUUCUGUAACCGUCAGUUCACGAAAUCCUACAAUCUCUUGAUACACGAGAGAACCCACACGGACGAGCGACCGUACUCCUGCGACAUCUGCGGAAAGGCUUUCAGAAGGCAGGAUCACCUGAGGGACCACAGGUACAUCCACAGCAAAGAGAAGCCGUUCAAGUGCGGCGAGUGCGGCAAGGGUUUCUGCCAGAGCCGCACCCUGGCGGUGCACAAGAUCCUGCACAUGGAGGAGUCGCCCCACAAGUGUCCCGUGUGCGCCAGGAGCUUCAACCAGCGCAGCAACCUCAAGACGCACCUGCUCACACACACGGACCACAAGCCGUACGAGUGCACGUCAUGCGGCAAGGUGUUCCGCAGAAACUGCGACCUGAGGAGGCACGCGCUGACCCACGCGGUGGGCGACGUGCCCCCGGAGGCGCUCGAGGAAGCCCUCAGGGACGACGACAGCCCGGAGGAGGACGGUCCGGAGUCCUCGUCGACCUCUACGUCCACGUCCGUGUCCGUGUCCACGUCUGUCAAUUCCUCCCUCUCGACCGCCCCCACGGCGAACGCGUCGUACGCGCCGCAAGGAUCCUCGUCGCAACCGCAACAACCCAACCCAGCUGGAUCGUCCUCUCUGCCGCAGAGACCGCAGCUGCAGAUCAGAAGAGACUUGUUGCCCGCCGCGAAACCAUCCACGGUGACCAGCGCCGCGAUCGGGGGUCACACGGUCCCCCAGAACCCGCCACCCGCCCACCCAACGCCGCCGUCGUUGAUCCUGACGUCGUACAGACGAAGAAUCGGCUCGCCGGGACCCUCGAGGGUGCUCCUCGAGCUGCAGGAACGCGAGAGGGAACGCGAGAGGGAACGCGAAAUCGAGCAGAACAGGGAGAGGGAACGCGACAGGGACGAGGAGGUGGUGUCGCGUCCACCCAGGGCGCCCACCCCCCAGCCACCGCCGCCGCCCAGGCCAGCACCGGCCAGGCAAGGAUUCACCAUCGCCGACAUCAUGCGACGAUAGGGAAUACCAAAAUACCGCUCUGAUCGUCAGUCGACCUGGGAGGGACUCGUGCUGCACGUUUGCUUGCUUUCGUCCGAGCGGUUAGGUUUGCUAUGGACGACGAGAAGGGCUUCCUGGGAGGGGAGGAGUCCAGGUAGUUAGGAGGGCUCUUUCGGAUUAUCGAUUCUACAAAUCGAGAGGUUUUAUUCGAAAUUGGGCUUCCACGUACGAGUUAUAUUCGUGAAUUCGAAGAAUAAUUUUGUUUAUAUGAAUGAUCGAAGAAGAUUGAACGUCUCGAGAAUGCAAGCCCCUGUCCAGGGGACGGUCGAUAGUCUGAAAGGGUUCUUGGAUCAGGAACAUGCUAUCGAGUCGAGAUCGAGGUGGUGAAAAGGAUCUAGAUUCGAGACGUGGUCGAUGUACGCGCAUAUUCCCAUUGGUCUGUGCCUUUUCUCGAACUUUUGUUCGAGAGCCACUGGUGUAGUCUGGUCCAGAGAGCACAAAUUUAGAUUUCGUUUAAAAGAAAACUUUGCAUACAUAUUUACAACUAUGUCAAACAUCAAUGAUUGUUCAUUUUUGAGUUAUAUUGUAUCGGAGAACGUCAGAGAAGCAUUGAUGAAGCUUGUGGCUUCUUGGGUUCUUUUAGUCGGUUUGAUCAUUUUCCAAAUGUAACUUUUAUGUUUUAUACAUACAUCGUAUCAUUCGAUAGUUUUAAUUUGCUUUUACAAUGUAUUUGUAAUUAAAGAAUACAAGUCUUUAUUUUGCAACAACAAUAGAACCUUCUAUCGAGGGAUAUAUGUAUACAAAGUUUCGACCAAUUAAAUCUUUAAAUAUCGUAGACAACAGUUUGGAAAAUAUUGUUGUAAAAAACCUGAUCUAAAGUUUGACUCACGAUUUGAUAAUGUACAGAGCAUGUAAUUCCAUUUUGUCGACUCGAAUCUAACCCAAACUUGCUCUAAAGUUUGACGUACGAUUUGAAAAUGUACAAAACAGCUUUAUUUUCAAGAAAAUGCAAAAGGAAGUUUUUCCCCAGUGUUCAAGACCAGACUACCUGAAGUGCGUGUCAGGGAUUUAGGCGCCGCGAUAUCUGCACGAUGAUCGAUGAAUUUGUUGAAAAGCUUGUUGUACUGAACGUGGUCGAUGCGUAGCUAAGUGUGUACAGUAACCUUCUACGAGCUACCUGGAUUUGUAAAAACUUUGGGUGAGAUUGUGGACUUAUGCUUAUUUAGAUUCUUAGCCUCGCGUGUCGGAGAGCAUCGGUGACGGACAAAAAAAAAAGUGCCAAAAUGGUGAGAAACGUUUACACCGCGGUAGGAAUAUUGUCACGAGUAUCGAACGACACG